AUGACAGAGUCUGUGACCUUUAUUGUUUGUAAAGAGCUGCUCGACAUGCAGGAGAAGUCUUUCAAGGCCCUCGUCACCAUGCUUGUGGACGGACUGAAAGCUGAUGUCAAAGAUAUUAAGUUCGAGUUGAAUGAGGUAAAGAACAGCCUAAACUUUUCAGGCAGGGAUAUCGCUGUAAUCCAAGAUAGAAUUAAAGUGCUCAGCAAUCAGCUGAAGGAAGUAAACGUCCAGGUCUUCAACCACCAUGAAAGCCUAGGCCAUGUCCUUGGCAAACAGGAAUACCUCGAGAACCAAAGCAGACAAAAUAAGGUGUUUGUGACUGGCAUUCAGGAAAGUGGUAAAGAAAGAUGGGAUGAGACUGAGGAUGUUCUGAAAUCAAAAAUUAAGGAGCUUCUGAAGAUCAAUGACGACCUAACUAUCGAGAGAGCACAUCGUGUCAACCCAAAACCAAACAGAAGGCAUGGGUCGUAUGGAGCUCGUGGAGGUCGCAAAGAAGAUCGCAGUAGGCCAAUAAUUGCCAAGUUCCUGAAUUGGAAGGAAAAGGAACGUGUGUUAGCUGCUGCCAGAUCAAUAAAACCAGAUGGAGUUAAAUUUGUGCAGGAUUCCAGUCAGGCAACGCUGGAUCGCAGGUAUGACUUGAAUAAAGACAGUGCAGAUUAUGAAGCUGUAUGGGUUGAGGUUGAAAAUGUGACAGAGAAAAACUUUCUGUUUUGCUAUUUGUAUCGUCAUCCAAACUCUAAUCCUGUUAACCUUAGCACCUAUUUACAAGAAGUUCUUUCUAAUCCUGCUGUCUCAAAUAAACAAAUUUUUCUUCUUGGGGAUUUCAACCUUGAUCUUCUAAACUAUGACUCUCGCACUGCAACUGAUGAAUUUGUCAAUUUGCUCCUUUCCAAGCAGUUUUUGCUAUAUGUUAUACAUCCAACUCGAGUGUCUGAUAAUUCUUCUACAAUUAUAUAUUUUUGCCAAUGUACUUGA